AUGGCCAUCCGCGAUGAUGCCACGGUGCAUGCCAGCCUGAAGCAGGACGCUGUUAUCAUCACCAACAGCAUGAGCCGCACAGUGCCCCUUGCGGUGAAUGCUGCCAUCCGGAAGGUGAAUGGCCGAGUGUCCAGGAAGAUGAAAGCACUCAAGGCACAGAUGGAAGCUGUGAAACUGAAGCAGACAGCUGCGGAAUCGGCCCUGGAGGAGAAGAAAGCAAAGCUGGAGGCCGUUGAAAACAAGAGCAACGAGUAUUCUGCUCACGCCAAGAAAGCCAGGGAAGCCUUUGCAGCUCUAGAAGAUGCGAUGGAGGUGCACUCGUCGAAGAAUAACGACUUUGAGAAGGCCAAGGAGGAAUGGAAGACCUUGGAUGCAUCUGUUCUAGAGGCCACUGAGGCAUUGGGCGAGAAAAAGGAAAAGGCCAUGAAGGCCCAAGAGGAAAAGGAGGAGGAGCUCAAGGGGAUGGAGAAAGCUCUGGAUGACAAGAAAACCGAACGCGAUGAAGCUGAAAAAACCUUGAAGGAAAAGGAGGACAAGUUGAAGGAAGCUGGCGACUUCAAGAAGAACAAGGCUGAUGAGCACGACAAAGCGGAAGCAGCCAUGCAUGAGGCUCGAAAGGCCUUGGAUAAGAACCAGCUAUUGCUGGUCACGGCCAUCGAUGCCUUGAAGAUGGCCACAGCUGAAGCGAAAGCAGCCACACAUCACGCGAAAAUCCUGGAAGAAGAACAUGGUGACGAAAAGAAGGGUUUGGAGAUGCUGAUGAAAGUGCGAAGCGCCAUUUUAAGCUUCUACGGAAAGCUGGACGAGCUGACUGUCAGCAUGGAAAACCAAAUUGCCGAGAACCCGGAUGCAGUGGCUUCAGAAAUCAUGAAGGCGGAUCCGCAUCUGAAACCCACCUUUGAAGGAUACUUGGAUCUAUUUGGAUCUGCUGAGUUGAUCGGUGAGGCACCUGACAAGCCAUGUGAGGCUUGGCGACCUGGUCAGGAUCACUUGCUAUGUACGGCUUGCAUCGGAUGA